AUGAGCUCCCUCUCGUCCAGCCAAGUCCCUGCUGGUGGAAGCACUGGCGCAUUUCCGCUCCACAAGCUCCCCAGAGAUCUGGUUGUGGAAGUGGUGAGACAGCUCGACAAGAUGAAAUGCGACCCCACCAACCAAGAUGAUGACAUUUCACUUGUCCCACUGUCCAUGACUUGCAGGUUGCUGCGGGACGUGAGUGUUCCAUUUGUGUUCCGAGUUGCCCAGUUGACGACUGCCGAGCACCUACUCGCCGAUCACAUUGAAAGCGUCGAGAUGAAGGAUGAAAUCUGUCGUUCCAUCCAUGUUCUCAGUAUUUACACAGAAGGCCCUUCCGCCUCAAGGACACCCGCAACUUUCAGCCAGAUCCAAGGCAUCAGACUUCCCUGCGAGAAGUCGGCCGCAAGAGACCUUGCCUUCUUCAUCGACAGCUUGCCAAACCUUCAGGAGCUCCGCCUGGACUUCAGGUUCAAGGCAGUCAUGUCUCUGAUCAAGCCGUUGCGCCGGACUCUGGAGUUGCAUGAAAUGGAUUUCACAUCCAUCACCGCCUUGAGCUUUCCUGUCGCGACAGAUCUCACCUUCAUUGCCACGAUGUUUCCCAAUCUGAGAGCUCUGAGCAUUGAAGCGCCAGUCAACAGAACCCUGAAUCAGAUUGCUGGUUUGCGCCAUGUUUCGCGAUCAUUCGGAGCCCAGCUGGUCUACGUCCAGCUGUGCAAAAUGCGAUGGGAGAGGUCGGAUUUUCGAGACAUCCAAAGAAUGUUCCCGCACGUUACGCACCUGACCAUUGGAGGAUCAAUGGCCUUUGGAGGCCCCCCAGGACGUCCAACAUGGGAUCUGCGGGCUGCGACCAAAGACAUUCAAUCCCUGAGAAAACUUCAGGUCCUGGCAAUUUCUGAUGAACGAUCGGUAACGUCACUGUCACCAAUUUCACCAGUCCAUCAUCGGGCUUCCAUCAUAGCUUCGAAGCUCAAGCCUGUGAUUGGCUUCCACAAUGAUAGAUCCAGAAGGACAGACCAGGCGUGGGGGAUCAUACAAAACCUACCAAACCUCAAGGUCGUAUACAUCGUAAACCGCAGUUUUAGUGGGGAUUGUUUUGUGCCCAUCAAAGAUAAUCACGGGGUAGUCAUUGACCUCAAGACAUCCGAAGCUUUUGAGGAGCAGGUUUGGCCUGUUGCCUGA